AGAAAAAACACCAAGCGAGUUCCAAGCUUUCGCAAGUUACUGAGAACUAGUAAAAUAAAACUUGACAACAAAUUAAAGAAUAAACAGUACAAGCAGCAGAGUGCUGCUAAGAAGUACCGGAAAGAACAAAAGAAACUAAGGGAAGCUGUCAGAGAUGCUAUCUCCAGAAAACCUUUUCCACUGGAAGAAUGCAAGAAAAAACAAGUUGUUGAAAAACAUGAAGAAGAGGAAGAAGAGGCUCUUCCGCUGGACAUGAUGGAUGAAGAUGACUUAAAAUUAAUGGAAGAUUUGGCUCAAAAGGCAUCCUUUUUAACCAGAGAUCUUUCUUCUGAUGAACCUGUUCAUGUCAAAAAACGAAAACAUGAAAAUGUGAUGGACAAAUACGAGAAGGUGCCAAGACGCAUGCAGACUGAGCCAGAAAAAGAACUCAUCCAUCUGCUCCCCAUCAAAGACAAGAGUGGAAUUAUUCCCCAGACUAUGGAAAAGCCAGUUCUCAGUGUUGCACAGGAUGAAGAAGAGGAUACAGAAGAAAUGGAGGAAGCAGAGG